GAGAGAGAGAGAACGAGCAGUACUCCAGUCUGCACCCUUGGGAAGAAACAUCUUAUUCAUUUGGGAAUAUCGAUAUGUAUUAAUCAGUAAGGAUAGGAAGGAUAGGAAACUUUCUGCAGCAUCCUCUCCCCCGGCACACGGACCAACCUGCUUCUUAUUUUUUACUUCCCGGAUUUAAAGGGUUUCAACGCGACUAACAUCUCCCUGCGUUCAUUCAUAAGCGGUGACAAGUCGCGUUCUGGCUCGGAUGUGCGACAGAGGAGCUUCAGACCAGGCACACGGUGUCCCCCCUUCAAUAGAAAGGAGUAAACAGGGCGAGCUGCGAGAGGAAUACAAAUUGUACCGGUGAAAGAAAACGUCCGACAAGAAGAAUGAGUCGAGCUGCCGAUGUGGAGCGUUAAACCCCGAAAAGAUUUAGUUUGUACUUGUCAGGCCGAUCCUGUCCGCCUCCAGCCCCAAAAGAGGAUUCAGAGGAGUCUACUUUGUUGUUUUUGUGUGUGAUCUACUAACUAAACGGUGGAAUGACAGUCAAGCUGGACUUCGAGGAGUGUUUGAAGGACUCCCCGCGCUUCAGGGCUGAAAUCGAAGUGGUCCAAAGUGAUGUGAGUGAACUCGAGACGCGAUUAGACAAGCUUGUGAAACAAUGUCAGGCCAUGCUGGACGCAGGCAGGGUCUACUGCCAGACCAGCAAGAACUUUGUCAACGGCCUCCGGGAGCUGGGACACCACUGCUCCGGGGAUAAAAUGAUGGAGGAGUGUUUGGACAAAUUUUCCAAAAAGCUGUCCAUCAUCUUGGACGCGCAGGGGGAAGUGAUUGAGACCACGCAGAUGGCAGUCAAGACGAAGCUACAGAACUUUGUCAAAGAGGAUGUUCGCCGGUUCAAGGAUGUGCGCAAGGAGUUUGAGCGCGGCAGUGAAUGCCUGGAGGGGGCGCUGGUGAGGAAUGCUCAGGCCCCACGGGGGAAACAACACGAAGUGGAGGAGGCGAGCAAUGCUUUGCUCAACGCACGCAAAACCUUUCGGGCUACAGCCCUGGAUUACGUCUUGCAGGUUAAUGUCAUUGAGGCCAAGAAGAAGACAGACAUUUUGAUGGCAAUGUUGUCGCUGAUGGAGGCCCAGGCCCAGUUCUUCCAACAUGGCCACCAGUCUCUGUCAGAACUGGACGAGUAUAGGCGAAAACUGAAUGAAGAGCACACACAGUUUGUCCUAAACUCUGCCCGGGAGAAGAGGGACAUGGAGCAAAGACACGCUGCAAUUAAGAAAAAGGAUGUGUCCUACGACGACUCCAUCAUGGAUUUCAAUGCCGACGCAGCUAACGGGAUCGCCAUGGAAGGAUACCUCUACAAGAGAGCCAGCAACGCCUUCAAGACCUGGAGCAGGCGUUGGUUUUCAAUUCAAAAAAAUCAGCUGGUGUAUCAGAAGAAAUUCAAGGACCAGCCUACAGUUGUGGUGGAGGACUUGCGUCUUUGCACAGUCAAGCCCAGUGCAGAAAAUGAGAGACGAUUCUGCUUUGAAGUGGUCUCCCCGUCAAAGAGCUGUUUGUUGCAGGCAGACUCGGAAAGACAGCAGCAGGAGUGGAUUAGCGCCGUCCAAAACAGCAUUGCCUCAGCCUUUCAGGAGCACAGAGAAGACCCACACAGCCCAAGACAACGCUGCAGCUCGGUGUCGGUGAGCAGUUUGGGAGGAGGAGGAGGUGGAGGAGGAGGAGGAGGAGGAGGAGGAGUGGAUCAGGAAAAAGAGGGCUGCAAGGCGCUGGAGGAGGUUCAGGCGAUCCCGGGGAACAAACAGUGCUGUGACUGCGGGGAACCCGGUCCUGAUUGGGCCUCCAUCAACCUGGGCAUCACGCUUUGUAUCGUCUGCUCAGGAAUACACAGGAGCCUGGGAGUCCAUUUCUCCAAAGUACGCUCCCUCACUCUUGACUCUUGGGAGCCAGAGCUCAUUAAGUUAAUGUGUGAAUUAGGAAACACAGUAAUCAACAGGAUUUACGAAGCCCGGAUCGACGAGAUCACCAUCAAAAAGCCCCACCCCUCCAGUCCCAGAGGAGACAAGGAGUCGUGGAUCCGAUCAAAGUAUGUUGAAAAGAAGUUCAUCCAAAAGCUUCCUGAGACCGGCAGGAACCCCAUACUGAGGCGAUCCAGCGGCAGGAGGAACCGAGCGACCACGCAGAUCGGACCGCGACCGCCACUCAAACCCAAACCAAACAGAGCCACUCUGCCUCGGGUCACAGGGCUGAGCCCCAGUGACCUUGUCCAAAAGAACAAUACGGGCUUUCACAAAGAUGUGGAAGAGGAAGAAGAGGAUCUGAGCGGACUUCACCCUGGGGCACUGCUGUACCGCUCGGCAGCCCUGCAGAACUUCCCUGUCAUGGCCGACGCUUUGGCCCACGGGGCUGACGUCAACUGGGUCAACGUGGCCGAGGAGUCCAGUACGCCGCUGAUACAGGCUGUCACAGCAAAUGCCCUGGCGGCCUGCGAGUUCCUGCUGCAGAACGGUGCUAACGUCAACCAAGCAGACAGCAACGGGAGAGGACCGCUUCACCACGCCACCAUCCUGGGUCACACUGGGUUGGUUUGUCUCUUCUUGAAGCGAGGCGCAGACUACAACGCCAGAGACAAGAACCAGAAAGACCCCAUUACUAUCGCUGUGGACAACGCCAACGCUGACAUCGUCACUUUGCUGCGGAUCGCCAAGAUGAAUAAGGAGAUGCGGGAGAUGGACGGAGCCUUCGGACAAUCAGCUGGUCUCAACUGCUUGUGCAGUGUGCCCCCUACUGCAAACUAUGAGGUGAUGAAACCUACCACGACAUCUUCAGAGACUUUUCCCACAUGGCCUCAAACAACCCAGAGAAGCUCAAACGGCGCAGUGCAGAUGCCAAAUCUUAACCAGCCCUCUUCACCCCUUGCUGUAAAAUGCCACAUGUCCCACUUCAGCUGACAUAUUUUCAAACACACACACACACACAUAGAAAACAUGCUUGGAUCCAACUCACAGGCAUGCAGACACACACACAUUCAUUUCCCCUGGCUACCUGCCACAUGUUCAGUUCAGUCAUAGCUCAGCUGGUGUUGACUUCAGAGGGGAUGAACGCUCCAAACAGUGAAUUCUUUGUGUGAACACAUCAGACCACAACAAUUGUGUCCAAGUGGGAACACUGGAUCAGCUUUAUGAGACCAGCAUGAGGUGUCUUUAUGUGUAGCAGGGGGUAACACCAUCACUCUGCCAAGAUUUCCUAAUUAAAUCCUGUUAAUCUUUCUUUUAAGCUUGAAGGGCUGAUUUUAUGUUCUUCUGCCAUUUCCACUGAAUUGUUACAUGAAAAGGAGUGAAAAUGUUUAUUGUAAGUGAACACAGCUGAUGAAGAUUUUUACAUUUGGGACAUUUGUUUUGACACUGUACAUGUGUGUUUUGUUAAACUGUGUGAGGUACGUGAGAUUUGUAUGAUGAUCAAAUAAACCGCAAUGAGUGUGUUAAAGUUA